AAACAACCGUGGCAAACUUGACUUGGGAAUGAAUUUGGCCUUCGAAAUCAUUUCAGUGCGAGAUUUCGACCACAAAGGAAGUGUUCGCUAGGAUGCCCAUCACAACGCCUAAAGUGCCGGAUGGCCUACCGGAACUGAUGAAAGGGUUGGCGAAAAGUGUGAUUAAAGAAAAACCGGAGAACAUAUACGUCCAUGCGGCAGAGUACUUUGAAAAUUUAAUCCGCGAACGUGAUGGUGAUCUUAACGAGGGCUACAGAAGUUUCAGUGCCCAAAGGGUGUACGCAGAUUAUAGGGAGAAAUGUCGCGAAAAAAAUGGGAAUCUGAGCAGUGAAAGUGCCGGUGAGGUCGCUAGUUCAUCUAGUGGCAUUCAGGCCCAAACGAUUAGCGAUAAUGAUGAGAGUGAAGGAAGCGCUAAAGCCGCUUCCAAAGGAAAAAGAAGAAAGCGCAUUCGAAAACAAAGUUCCAACAAAUCAAUUGAAAAAGAGGAAGUGCCGGGUUCGGCUGAGUCGUUAAAGAGAACAGGUAGUGCAAAAGAUCCGGUAAUCUCGGAAGACAAUGUGGUGAAGGUACAUGUGCACCAAGAAAGUAAAAUCCCUCAGGAAAGUGCGAUUGGUAAAAUGCUCAGUGUUGACUCGGAGGCUGCUGCAAACGCGGUAUCGACCGUGUUAGGGGAAACGGUACUAGAUUUGGAUGACGCAGAUAAAGAAACUGGAGAGGUAGUAGAACCAGCGCCGGUGGAGACGGAAUCGAUAGAAAAUCAACAGCAUCCGAUUAACUGUGAGGAUUUGAGUUCUUAUCCGCCGGAUGCAGAUGGAAAUAAGGUGGAAGACUUCGGAAGUACUCCCAGCACCGCCGAGAUCGUUGGUGAAGUGGUCGACUUGGCAGAAGUACCAUUGGAAGGUGCGCCACGUUCGGGCGAUGUUGCGAAAGAAGCAGCUGAAACCGAGCUGGUCUCACAGAACGUGGAUGAUGUAGAUUUACUUGUUAUUGAAGACAAGUCGUCGGAGAAUGCGAAUGUGAAUGGUUCUGCUGAGCUGUUGUCUGAUCCAGUCAAACACGAUGAUUCUGGAGAGGAUGCAGUUGAAGCACCAGAUACGGUUGAUACAGAAGUAAAAUUGGAACCGACAGAACCGAAAUCAUCGGUCGAACAAAUGCCCGAUAUACCAGAUGUACCUGAUGAAAUGCCAGUCAAAUUCGGCUCUGGAGAGGAUGCAGUUGAAGGGCUAGAUACGGUUGAUAAAGAAGUAAAUGUUGACCAGAUUGAAUCGAGAUCAUCGUUUGAACAAAUACCCGAUAUGCCAGAUGUACCUGAUGAAACGGCAGGUGUAGAUGUUGAGCCAAUAGUUGAAGAGCUGCUCGAGAAUGUUGUUGGAAAUGCAGAGAAAGGUGAUGAAAAUAAAUCCAUUGAUGUCGACAAAAAUGCUACCGAGAUUCAGGCUAGUGAAGUUGAAUCCAAAGAAAAAGUAGAGAGACUAUCUCUUGAUAUGGUUAAUGGAAACGGAGAAAAAAUUGUGGAAGAGGCGGAAUCAAUAGACGAAAAGGUAACGGAGGCUCCAGAGAAUGAUGCAAAAAUAGCAGAUGAACAGCAAUCCUCGAAAAGCAUUGAAAAUUCUGACUUGAUAGUUGAAUCUGAUACCGAAAAGGCAUCACUUCAAAUUAAAGAAUCGCCAGCUGCAGUUCCAGAAAAAUCAGCCGAGUUUACCCUGGGUGAACCAAAGGCAGGAGUUGAAGAAACGACACAGAAAACUAAAGAAGAAGUUUCUGGUUCCAACGCAGAUAAAUCGGAUAGUUCUCAGAAGGAUCAAACUGACGCUGAAGCAAUGACUAAUAAAAUCAAGAAACUAUCAGAGGAAGAUAAAGACAACUCAGUGAACGAUCUUCCCGACAAGCCCAAUGAGAAUCCAUCAGUACCACAAGAGGAUGAAUCGAAUACAAGUGUAUUCAUCGCAGAGGAAAAGCGUUCUGAAGCAAUAGAAAAGCCACAGCCAUCUACACCAGCUGAAGACCCAGUUACAUCACAGGCAGAGCAAUCGAAUGGACCGCCGGGAGCAAUCGAUGCAUCGGAAAAUAGGUCACCUGAAAAAUCAGUCGAUCAAGAAGACGGACUUAAAUCGAAUGGCGGUUCGGAAAAUGCUUCAAAGGACCAUUCCCUGGAAAGAACUGAAUCGGAGAUAAAUCCCAGCGUAGAUCAGUCGGAUGGAAUCACCGAUGAGUCGUCCGCUAAGGAGUCGGGAGCUGAGGCAUCUGCUGAAGCUGGAAACGCGUCGUUCAGUAGCCGGAUGGCGGAUGAUGACGAAGUAGGUAAAGUCAAGUCACAGGAGGAAGAACAGGGGACCGGUGGUGACACUGAUAAAGUUAUAUCUCUCGAUAUAAGUGGCGAGGAUCUGGCUUCAGAAGAACCGUCUGCACCUCCGGGAAAGCCAGGCUCAGAUGGUAAUGAGACUGAAGUUGCAGAAGAUGGAACAGAGAAUGAUGGAAGUUUACAAGAUGCAGCCAAAAGUUCCGAUAAAAAAUCUGAAGGUUCGUUGGAAGCGGUUGAGAAAGCACCAAAUUUGCAAGAGGCCACUAAAGCUACUUCGUCGGAAGAUAGAUCAGAAAACGGCGAAGCUAAGAAGGAACCAGUUGUUGAAGAACCAUGCAUUCAACGUGAAGUGUCUCCCUCCACUUCGAAACCGGAGAGCAAAAACCACAGUGCUGAAUUGGAAGAGAUCAAGAAAGUGGAUCUGGCGUCAUUCGAUGCAAACUCGGCUGAAGCACUAUUUUAUUCAUUAAAGAAAACGGAGUUGGAAAAUGAUGCAAGCCCCUUGAAAGCUCUAAGUGGAGACAAAAAUGAGGAUGAUGAUGCCGAUGUUGUUGUAACGGAGGAGUCACCAGAACCAAAUCGUAGGGAGCAGACCAAACGAAGCUUCACUAAUGAUUUUUUAGUGGAGGGCCCCAUCACUGAAAGUGUUACUAAACCAGCCGAAGGUGAUGGGGUUUCUGCAGACGUAGUGGAUGAGGCGUUCAAUCCGAUGGUUGCCGCUACGAGCCGUAACCAGAGUUUGCUGAAUCAGAUGCACUCCAGAGACGAUGCCGCCAUAUUGAAAUCUACACAACCAAGAGCUCCUAUUCGACGAAGUAUGACAGAGAAAGCGGAUCUGUUCAGGCAGGAUUCAAAUUAUGUCGAUUUGAGGAAGUAUGAUCCCGAUUACGCUGAGGAUGAAGAUCAGUUCGACGGGUAUUACAUAGGGAACAUUCGCAACAAAAUACUAGCCAGUUCGGUAUCUGUGGCAGAUUCAGACUACUACGAACCUGAGCACACUGAAGAUCUGGUGGAUGACAACAAUGUGCGAACAGCUUUGGAAACAAUCGUAUCGACCGAUACGGAGUCGACAUUAGCCUCGCAGAUAACCGUCCAGGCAAAUCGAGGCUUUUUGCACAAAACAUCAUCCAAUAUUCCGUAUGCUUCGUUCGGUAACAACGCCAUUGAUCAGUCACUGGACGAAUUCAUCGAACGUGAAGAAUUGAACAAAGAAGCAGAGGCUCAAGCAGCAUCCAAGAUUCAACAGUCCUACCGGCAGUUCCGAUCAACCAAGCAAAAACUACUGCGAGACUAUCAAAGUACCAUGGGUACCUUCACCGAGGAUCAGUCGACGGAGAGUUUGGAGGAUUACUCGAGUGUUAUUCAAGUCAAGGUAGAUCCAAAGCAGGCAACAGUAGGCGAAGACUCGGUCGAAGCAGCAAGAUCAGCAAACAAUUCCCGUCGACCGAUGAACAGUUUAAACAUUGAUGAAGGCGACACGGUAACCCGCCGAUUGACGCUAACUCGUGGUACAGCUGUACAGAAAAUGUCUACACGGGAGGAUGAUUCUGGCAAAUCGGACAAGGGCUCUGCAGGCAAGAAGACGAGCACGAGCGAACCGUCAACAGCGACGGAUGAAAGCCCAAUUUCGUCCAGCACCAACACCGCAAGUGACGAAAAGGAAAACAAGAGCAACAGUUCACCGAAAUCAAGAGAAUCAGAGGAUGCGAAGCCCCGCCCGCUGAGUAUCGGGAAGAAGCAUAGUUCACCAGAUGCACACCAGAAACUGUUUAUCGCACGUCAGCGCACCAUGCCGGUGCAGCUCGAUUCGUCGUUCAUUCGUAUGCAGCCGAAGCACUUGCGAAAAAGAAACAAGAGUGCUGGCGUUGUUCGAAAGUAAGGCCUUGUACUUCUGUAUGCUGAGUGUGGGGAAAGGACUUAAUUGUGGAUUAUUGGCUUGUUGAAAAUUAAAGGUUCAUUUGCGAUUGUUUCAAAAACACAUGUUAGAAAAUGAACUGUGCGAAAUUGUAUUUCAAAACAUGUAACUACA